GUAUUAAUAGGAUUGCAGAGAGUGAUUUAGUCCUCUGAAGCACCAUUCACAUGUUUGGUCACAGGCAGGUGUGGCCACCUCACAGACAGACAUGAAGGACCCACAACUCCAAGGUAUGAAAGCACGAAUAUGGCCAAAGCAUAAGAUGAGCAAAAAAUCCAAAGAAGAUUCACCAAAGUUGGAAAAAUCUGCUCAGGCUCUGACCUCUGCUGCCAUGUCUCCCACCCCACAACUGACGGAAGCAGAGAGGAUGAGCCAAACUCCAUUUGAGAGGGUCAUCUAUGAUAUGGCCCACAAUCAGAAGGUUAUCAAUGACACGAUGCUUGGACGAAGAAUUGGCUUUUAUGAGCUGCGCGGAGAGAUUGGCCAGGGCAACUUCUCUACAGUAAAGCUGGGCAUCCAUGACUUGACUAAAGAAAGAGUUGCUGUUAAAAUCAUGGAAAAGACACGUCUGGAUAAGAAGAGCCAGCCUUUGGUGUCCUCAGAGAUUAGCUGCAUGGAGAAGCUGAGCCACCCCAACAUAGUGCGCCUUUAUGAGGUAAUCGAGACCAGCAGGCGGCUGUAUCUGGUGAUGGAGUAUGGCAGCGGAGGAGACCUGUUUUCCCGAAUCACCUCUAGGGGGAAGCUCAGCGACCUAGAAACCAAGUUGGUCUUUGCACAAAUCAUCUCUGCUGUUAAACACAUGCAUGACAACAACAUCGUCCACAGGGACCUUAAGGCGGAGAACAUCUUCUACACCACGUGUUACUGCAUCAAGGUUGGCGACUUCGGCUUCAGCACAGAGUGCAACCCCAACAAUCUUCUCACCAAUUUCUGCGGCUCUCCACCAUAUGCUGCUCCUGAGCUUUUUAGACAGAAAGGUUAUAUUGGGCACUACUCGGACAUUUGGGCUUUAGGUAUUCUCUUGUACUUCAUGACAACAGCGACUUUACCAUUCUAUGGGGAGAACCUGGGGAGGCUGAAGCGCUGUAUCCUGCAGGGUUCUUACAGUAUCCCUACUUAUGUGCCCGAACCAUGUCAGCUGGUUAUUAAAGGCAUGCUGCGGAUUGUGCCUGCCGACCGGUCCUCCAUUGCACAGAUUACAAACAGUGCAUGGCUGAAGGGGAUUGAUUACCCUUGUCCGUACGUGUUUUUGCCUACAUCUCCAGCCCAUUUUGUCCAGGCCAACCAGGUUCUGAGUGUGGAGGAGCAAGAGGUGAAGAAUUUGUUGUCAACUUUAGGUGUUGUGCCAGUUCAUUUCCAAAACAAUCCUUGCUUAGACUGUAGCAGCCCCCUGACAGGGACCUACCGAAUCCUCCUCCAUCGGGCCCAGAAAAGGAGAUCAGUAGAGGCCGUAGGAUAUUCUGUGCUACACCCAGAUGAGUACGAGAGUCCAAUGAAGUGGUCUGGAGCAUCUGUUGGCAAACACAUGCCUUCUGCUGUCUGUGCUAUACUAUAAUAAGAAACACCCUCACUGGACUGCAGCAGUAGUGAUUACACAAUAACUUUAUCAAGCGCUUAUGUGCCUAUUUGCUGACAGACAUGCAUACAGUCACCUCAGCUGCCCUUAAUUAAUGCCAUGUCAACGUCAUGGGAGUCAAAAUGGCAGUCACAUGGAGGAUGAGGUCUCUUAAGUAAUUAGCUAUAACUUUCUGUUCUGAUUACAUCACCAACAGCAAGCUUACUGACGCAAAAUAUUAAUAAACCUCUGAAUGACUAUCAGCAUCUUCCAAUCCUGCUUAGUCACAACAUAAAGCUUGUGAUGGUAAUCCAAGGCCACGGUUAAUCCUGGUAAGAGAGAAUCACUGAAAACGUUCUUGGUCCAACAGAAAUAAAAGUUUGGAGGAAAAAAAGUCCAGAAAAAUAGUAAAAUUAUAUGUAAAGCAAAACUUGGACCUGGUGAAAUAAUCAAAUGCCAGUUUGAAAGUUUUUUUUUAUUAGUUUGACAAAACCGGUGCCUGAAAUGUCUCCAUUUGAUGUGGGUGUUUCAGUUUUAAAUGACGAUGUAAAAAUGCAUAAAAGGGUUGUAAAUGAAACACGGAUGAGAAACAUCUGGGACAAACACUUUAUUUUAAGUUAAGCACAGCUUUAAUUUAACUCUGUGAGUGUCUAUGUGAUUUAUCUUUAAAGGAAUAUGUUUCAGAAAUACUGGCUUGAAUUUGUUACCAUUUUGUAUGAAUAAGUACGGCAAUGACUCUGGGCAGAUUCAUUCAUCAACAGUUAUUUAUUAAUUAAAGAUG